AUGCCGCCACAUCUCCAUCCGCGGUCGCGCCUCACAACCUCCCUCUUUACCACCACACUCUUUGCCUCCUUCCUGGUAGUCGGCCUGCCACACCUCCUCCCCUGCCCGGCGAAUCCGCGGGAAUACGCAGACGGCGACAUGCCUGAACUCGACCCCUCGGGACGACGGCGGCGAAGGAGGCGGAAGGUCGUCGAUGAGGAGCCUGCUGUGGCUGGUGCGCAGCCUUUGGCGAGCGAGGCGCCGGCGGUGGAGGAGUCUAAGGCGACAGAGAGUCCUUUAGACGAGGACGGCUGGGACAGGCGAAGAGCGAGAGAGUGUCCGGUGCCGAAACCGGGUGGGCUGAUUGGGCAGGUGUUUGGGUUUCAGAAGAAUGAGAGGCCAGGGCCAGUGGUUAGGAUUGAAACUGUGCGAAACAGAGGGCCGGAGGGCAGCGAAUAA